AUGGGUGACUUGCCUACGCCCCGAGUGACGCCAGGAAGACCAUUCCUCCAUACUGGCGUCGACUAUGCCGGACCCGUCUGGCUGCGAAGUGCCAAAGGCCGCGGGCAAAAAUCUUCUAAGGCCUUCAUUGUCGUUUUCAUCUGUUUAGGUUCCAGGGCCGUCCAUCUUGAUGUCGCCUCGGACUACUCGGCCGACGCCUUCUUGGCAUCCUUGCGUCGGUUCAUCGCUCGGCGAGGUGUAUGCCAAACGCUAUACAGCGACUGUGGGACCACCUUCAUAGGCGCCGACACGCAACUCCGAGACUUAUUCGCAGCCACAAAACCUGAAGGCCGUCGCAUCGCCUCCUUCGCUGCUCAGGAACAAAUUCAGUGGCGGUUCAACCCGCCGGCUGCGCCCAACUUCGGUGGCAUCUGGGAAGCGGCAGUCAAGUCAAUGAAGCACCAUCUUCGCAGAGUGAUAGGAGAAGCUACACUCACCUACGAGGAGAUGGCCACUCUCCUCUCCCAGUCGAGGCUUGCCUCAACUCUCGGCCUCUGCAACCGCUGA